AUGGCCGUCCUCACGCAGUAUGACUGGAUCAUAGCCAUCAUCAGCAUCGCCUUCUGCGGCAGCUCCUUCGGCAACGGCGCCAACGAUGUCGCCAACUCGUACGCCACCUCGGUCGCCGCCCGCACCCUCACCAUGCCCCAGGUCGGCUUCCUGUCCAUGUGCACCGAGUUCUUCGGCGCCGUCGUCCUCGGCGCCCGCGUCACCGGCACCAUCAAGAACGACAUCAUCGACCUCGACCGCUUCCGCCAGACCCCCUCCACCCUGAUCCUCGCCAUGGGCUGCGCCGAGUUCGCCAGCGCCUUCUGGCUGCUCGCCGCCACCAAGCUGGGCUACCCCGUCUCCACCACCCAGACCAUCGUCGGCGCCCUCGUCGGCGUCGGCAUCGCCGCCCAGGCCCAGGUCUCGUGGUCCUGGAAGGACGGCAGCGUCUCCCAGAUCGCCGCCUCCUGGGCCAUCGCCCCCCUCAUCGCCGCCGUCAUCGGCGCCGUCCUCUUCGCCUCCCUCAAGUUCACCGUCCUCGAGCGCAAGAACUCCUUCGAGAAGGCCAUGAAGGCCAUCCCCUUCUACCUCGCCUUCACCGCCGCCGUCCUCGCCCUCUUCAUCACCGUCGAGGCCCCCGGCGCCCCGUCCCUCGAGGAGCUCGGCGCCGGCACCGCCUGCGGCAUCGUCCUCGGCGUCUUCUUCGGCGCCCUGCUGCUCGCCUACGUCUUCUUCGUCCCCUACGUCCACCGCCGCCUCGUCAAGGAGGACCCGCGCAUCCGCCUCCGCCACAUCUUCCUCGGCCCCAUGCUGUACAUGGAGAACCCCCCCAUCUACAUGCCGGCCAAGGGCAACGAGUUUGUCAUCGACUACUACGCUGACGCCCACGACGAGUCUGCGGAAGAGAUGAAAAAGAACAACGACGACGACAACAUCAACAACAGUGCCGACGUCGAGAAGCAGCAGGCCAAGAACCUCGGCAACGGCAACGGCAACGACAACGCCAGCGCUGACAGCCCGACCUCGGCGCCCCCCCUCUCCCUCGAGGACGUCGAGCGCGGCGGCAAGAAGACUCCUCUCGCCACCGGCGGCGGCGUCGUCCAGAGGUACAAGCGCAAGCCCGAGCCCGAGGAGCGCUUCCUCGCCCCGACCGCCCACCUCCCCAUCCACAACCCCAAGCGCAUCUGGAGCUUCAUCAAGUACUUCUUCCUGCAGGGCGUCACUCGCGACUGCGUCACCCACGCCUCCUCCCAGCUGUCCGCCAUCCACGGCAAGGCCAAGCGCUACGACAACCGCGUCGAGCACCUCUGGACCUACGCCCAGGUCGCCAGCGCCAUGAUGAUGUCCAUCGCCCACGGCUCCAACGACGUUGCCAACGCCGUCGGCCCCUGGAUCGCCGCCUACCAGGUCUACAUGACGGGCGAGAUCAGGGAGGACGGCGAGUCCCCUAUCUGGAUUCUCGUGGUGGCCGGCUUCCUCCUCGGCGCCGGCUUCUGGUUCAUGGGCCACCACAUCAUCAAGGCCAUGGGCAACAAGAUCACUCAGCUGUCUCCCACCAGAGGUUUCGCCAUGGAGUUGGGCGCCGCCAUCACCGUCCUCCUUGCCAGUCGUCUCGGUCUCCCCGUCAGCACCACCCAGUGCCUGACCGGUGCCGUCAUCGGUGUCGCCUUGAUGAACUUCGACAUCGGCGCCGUCAACUGGCGCCAGGUCGCCUUCAUCUUCUCCGGCUGGCUCGUCACCCUUCCCUGCGCCGGUCUCAUCGGUGGUCUGUUGAUGGCCAUGUCCCUCAACACUCCCCAGUUCGGCCAGGGCUAA